AUGAUCUUUGGAAAUUCAAAACUAUACACAUCCAUAGAAACUUUGAUGGCUAAUGGCGAUAGUACUGCCUACCACUUUGAAUUUCUCAAUUCCUCAGAGUUAACAGGUGUAUCUCCGCAUAAGCUGGAGUUUAAAUUUGGCGUUCCAGCUCUGCUAAUGCGAAAUCUUGAUGUACAAAGAAUGUGCAACGGCACCAGGCUUCGUAUCAGAGAGCUUGGCAGUAAUAUUGUAAAAGCUACCAUUAUUAUAGGAGCUUCUAAAGGAGACAACAUUUUAAUUCCCCGCAUAUCUGUUAUUCCAAACAUCUAA